AUGGCGGAGCCCAGGCUUACGGGACAUCUGCAUAGCCAAGGGUCUCCACCUUAUGUGAUUAAUCUGGACCCAGCUGUACAUGAAGUACCCUUUCCUGCCAAUAUUGAUAUUCGUGACACCGUCAAGUAUAAAGAAGUCAUGAAACAGUAUGGACUUGGGCCCAAUGGUGGUAUAGUGACUUCACUCAAUCUCUUUGCUACCAGAUUUGAUCAGGUCAUGAAAUUUAUUGAGAAGGCCCAGAACAUGUCUAAAUAUGUCUUGAUUGACACACCUGGACAGAUUGAGGUGUUCACGUGGUCAGCUUCUGGGACAAUCAUCACUGAGGCCCUGGCAUCUUCAUUUCCAACAGUUGUCAUUUAUGUCAUGGACACAUCAAGAAGUACCAACCCAGUAACCUUCAUGUCCAAUAUGCUCUAUGCCUGCAGCAUCUUGUACAAAACCAAGCUGCCUUUCAUUGUGGUUAUGAAUAAAACUGACAUCAUCGAUCACAGCUUUGCAGUGGAAUGGAUGCAAGAUUUUGAGGCUUUCCAAGAUGCCCUGAAUCAAGAGACUACAUACGUCAGUAACCUCACUCGUUCAAUGAGCCUGGUGUUAGAUGAGUUCUACAGCUCACUUAGGGUGGUGGGUGUGUCUGCUGUUCUGGGUACAGGCUUAGAUGAACUCUUCAUGCAAGUCACCAGUGCUGCAGAAGAGUAUGAAAGGGAAUAUCGUCCUGAAUAUGAACGUCUGAAGAAAUCACUGGCCAGUGCACAGAGCCAGCAACAGAAAGAACAACUGGAACGCCUUCGGCAAGAUAUGGGCUCCGUAGCCUUGGACACAGGGACUGCCACUGACAGCUUAUCUCCUGCACUCGACCCUUCUGACUUGAUCCUGACUCGGGGAACUUUGGAUGAAGAGGAUGAGGAAGCAGACAGUGAUACUGAUGAUAUUGACCACAGAGUUACGGAGGAAAGCCGUGAAGAGCCAGCAUUCCAGAAUUUUAUGCAAGAAUCAAUGGCACAAUACUGGAAGAGAAACAACAAAUAGUUUCUAGAAGUUCAAACGUUUGGAACUCUGUGAAGGAACUAUUCUUACCUUUGAUUGGGGGCUACCAUAAAGGACAAUUUUGUUCAGAGUAGCAGAGUUUCUCUAAUAGGGAAAUUUGACUCAGAUGAAGCCAGGGUUAGGAGACUCUUGGACCUGGCAGGUAGAUGCCAAUUCCCCUUGGCCUUUUCCUUGGAUUUAUGCAAGGAAGGAUAUGGACUGUCCUCGGAUGCUGAUACCCCUUCAAGCCUAAAGCUUCCAGUUUUAUUGUUUGAACUUACGUACUUUUGCUGCUGAUGGAUGAA